AUGGCUGCCAGUGACAAGCAAAAAUAUCCACUAGGCUCUCCACAAGAGCACAUAAAAAUGUGUGAAUCCCACGAUUUGCGGAUUGAUAUGAUAUGUGAGGACUGUGAUGAAUUUAUCUGUUCCAAGUGUGCCAAAACAGAUCAUAGAGAUCAUAGCUGUAAUACCAUACCGAAGGCAGCCGACCUAAGAAGGAAAGGUCUACAAAAAUGUCUGAAUAAGGUCAAAGGAGAAGAUUUGCAUGGCAUUGACGAGAAGAUAGAGAAAGUGUCAAAACAGAUUAAAAGAAAUAAGGAAGUAUGCGACGCUGAGAUUAAAAAGCUAGAGAAGCAUUGUGAUGAGAUAAUAGCCAGGCUAGUAGAACACAAAAGACGUACAAAAAUAUCUUUAAAAGACAAUCUGGUCAAAGAAAACGAUCAAUUGAGGAAAAGAAAACGGGUAUUAGAAAAGAAGAGAAAGGACGUUUUUGACUCAUUGAAUUUCAUAGAGAAAAACAACAGUACCAUGUCAGAUUACAGCUUGAUUGACAACCAAAGAGAACUUACAAAAAUGAUGUCUGAAUUGGGGCUUCAAACAAAAAACUGCGAAUAUUCACUGAGGUUUACAAGAGGGGAAAUCAAGGACGAUUUGCUCGAAUCUUUGGUUGGAAAGAUUUCGGACCUGGACGAUAUUGGCUUGGCUCAAAUAAACUCAUUUCAAUAUGGAAAUAAUUUGAUAUUUUCAAUGCAGGCAUACAGUGAAGAUCUUUGUUAUUUAAGAGAACAUACGUCGAAAUAUACAGAACAAGUGAACAUGGAAGGUGAUAUAAAACAUAGAUUUAUAAGCAUUACAUUUGACAUGUGUGUUACUGAUAGCAGUGCUGUUUAUUUCACUGAUUUUAGUAACAAUUUUAUCAGCUGUCUGUCACCAUCAGGAUCUGUCUCUACAGUAGUCAGUACAGAUCCACUGGUACCAGAUGGAAUCUGUCAGUCAGUGGACGGUGGACUUCUUAUAACUUUAGUAGACGAAAAAUCGGAUCUUUUCAAAUUAGACUCAAACAGCAGACGGUUGGUGAGACAUAUCACAUUAACCAGUGACGUCAUCCAUGAGUACGAUCACUUUAUCCAUGAGGAUGGUCAGACUGGACUGUUUACAUUUCCAUACAGAGUCACACAGAACAGUAACCGUGAUAUCUGUGUAGUGAACACUACAAGCCUUAAAACAGCUGAACUAGUGAUUAUGUCUCCCUCUGGUCGUAUGAAGGCUAUCUACCGUGGACAGAAUUUGCCGCAUAUCUUUAGCCCAACUGAUGUAGUUUGUGACUCCCUCUGUAAUAUCCUUGUUACUGACCCACUUAACAACCAGAUCCAUCUACUGAGUCCUGAUGGGGAGUUCUUGAAGUUCUUACUGACAGAGAAUCAAGUGAAAAGUCCAUGCUGUUUAUCAAUCCACAAAUCUACUCUGUGGGUCGGACACGAUGAUGGAUUUGUCAAAGUUUUUCGGUACAAAUAUGCUAAGCAAUGA